CGUGUCAACCGGUAGGUACGGAGGCUCAGGCUGCGAUGUGAUGCAAUGUGAUUGAGCAGAUUGCACAUUAUACUUCGUCAGUUUUAUGUUAGAAACCUUACCAAGAUGAAGCAGGAUAAUUCAUCAGCUAUUAUUACCAGUUUAUAUGGACUUGGUGGACCUCUUUUGAUAAAUGUUGCCCUUUCGGUAGUCGGAUUUUUUGUAACAGUUCGAAUCAUCCCACUCUUUGGAGAAUUGUUCAUCCAGGCAGGACUGUCGGGACGAGACCUCAACAAGCCCACUCCUUCCAAGGGCAAGGAGGCUAAAAAGGUACCUGAAGCUUUGGGAGUGAUAUGUGGAGCCAUGUACCUCAUCAUAAUGUUCACAUUCAUUCCAAUUCCAUUUGGUAAAAAAUGGUUCGAAAAUAACACAAACAACUUUCCACAUAAUGAGUUUGUUGAAUUUAUUGUGGCUUUAUUAUCAAUUUGCUGUAUGAUAUUUCUUGGAUUUGCUGAUGAUGUUUUAAAUUUAAAAUGGCGGCACAAGUUGUGGUUACCUACCAUGGCGACACUACCACUUCUGAUGGUUUACAUGGUUAAUUUUGGUUCAACUACUGUGAUUAUACCAAAACCUUUUACACAGUACAUUGGAACAAGUGUUGAUCUACGCAUACUGUAUUAUGUUUACAUGGGAAUGCUUGGAGUGUUUUGUACGAAUGCUAUCAACAUUCUUGCUGGAAUUAAUGGCAUAGAAGCAGGACAAUCACUGGUCAUUGGACUGUCCAUCGUAUUAUUCAAUUGCAAUGAACUUGCAGGUGCAUGGUCAGCUGCCCAUCGCUUCUCCUUGUACUUCAUGUUGCCGUACUGUGCAGUAUGCUCGGCCUUGCUGUAUCACAACUGGUACCCCUCACAUGUCUUUGUGGGAGAUACAUUUUGCUACUUUUCUGGGAUGACUUUCGCUGUUGUUGCUAUCUUAGGUCAUUUUAGCAAAACCGUUUUGCUAUUUUUUAUACCACAAAUUGUCAACUUUCUGUACUCUGUUCCUCAGUUGUUUCAUUUUGUUCCAUGUCCCCGUCAUCGAUUACCACGUUUUAAUGAAAAAACCAACAAAUUGGAUAUGAGCUAUGCAAGAUUUAGAAUUAAAAAUCUGAAUUUUAUCGGUUGCUGGAUAGUAAAGUUAUUGAAGUCUUUACAUCUGAUACAUGUAGUGGAAGGUGUUGGUGAAGAUAAAGACCAGAUUGAAGUCAAUAAUUUCACCCUCAUCAAUUUUGUUCUGAAGCUUGUUGGGCCUACACAUGAACAAACUCUUACAAUUUAUAUGCUGCUUAUUCAAGUCAUGUGCAGUGUUUGUGCAUUUAUCAUUCGUUACCAACUUGCAAGACUUUUUUAUGAUAUCGUUGAUUAAUUAUUUUCAUAUCGUUAAUUGUUGAUGAGUUGAAGAAACUUUACUUUGUAAGAUUAAGAACAAUUAUGUAACCAAAAAUGCAAUUUAUAUAAUUAAACAUUACUUUAUACAGAUGUAUGGACAAUAGAAUGGGUACUAAGUGGUACCAUAAGCAUCCAAUUUUACAGCUUCACUCUUGUGUAUGGUUUAGAACAACAUUUUGAGAUCAUGUGGACAAGAAAUAUUACCUUUUUAUAAUUUGAGCAUCAGUGAAGUAUUUCAUGAUGAAUACUCAGUGAAAUAGCCAAAAUGUAAAUCAUUGCAAAUAAGCAUAAAACAUAUGUGGUCUCAAAACAUGUAUACCUAUUUUAAAAUAUGUUAAUUAAUUUUGAGUUAAUAACAAUGAUAGAAUGAAGUAAAAUUUUAAAAUAACUGUUAAACAGUUGGGUGGGUAGGACAUUUUGUUGGAUAGAUGUUAUGGAUAAGAGAAAAUUAGUGUACUGUAGUUACAAAACAUUUACUAAUGAAACAAUAAAAACUUGUUUAUUUCAUACUUUUAUUCCACUACAGAACUGUUUCGUAUGUUCAGCCAAGCUGGCUACACUGAUCAGGUGAAUGUACAACUGAUACAAUAUUAAGGGAGAGUUAGAAUACAAAUGAUUGAGAAGCAGAUAACAGUGAUUGCCUCUGUUGUACACAUCCACCUGAUGAGUAGUCAGCCAAGCAGGCUCCAUUCAUCAGGUGCAUGUACAACUGAUACAAUAUUAAGGGUGAGUUAGAAUGAAAAUGAUAGAGAAGCAGAUAGUGAACAAUGGUUGUAUCGGGUGUAUGCAUCCACCAGAUGAGUGUUGUCAGCUCCACUGACUAUACUUUUGUAAUGAAAAAAGUAUGAAGGAAAAAAGGUCAUUAUUUUCUGUUUAUAAACACUGAAUUAGUUGUACUUCUGUAUUGAGAAAAAAUGUGUCAUAAUAAGAAAAUCCAAGGGUGUAAAGUACUUGGCCUCAUAGCUUAUAUAAUAAUAAAGAAAAAAAAUUAAAA